AUGUCAAUAAGCGAUAAGAGUCUUUUAUCCAGGAAAAUCGUCUCAGCAGACGGGCCUAAGCAGGACGAAAUAGACCAUAAUCUAUUAUUAGAGGAGUUGUGUGCCGCCUGCAUCGAGCCUGAGGAGGAGUCAAACCGUCGUCGCUCCGUUUUGGAGCGAAUCCACAACAUUGUGCGAGUGUGGAUUCGUAUCCUCAUGAUCACGGAGUUCCGUAUGCCUGAGGCAGCCGCCGCAGAGGUUGAGGGACGUAUCUUUGCCACAGGUUCGUAUCGUUACAACGUCCACACAUCUGGCAGCGAUAUUGACAUGGUGCUUAUUGCGCCAAACCGUAUUACGCGAGAGCAUUUCUUUGAUACUCUGGCCCCUAGAUUCAAGAACGAGCGGUGGGUGACGGAGCUGCGCUGUAUUCGUGAUGCCCGUGUGCCGAUCAUCGCAAUGGUAUGCGAUGGUAUCGAUAUCGACCUUUCUUUCGGUUGUAUACGCCAAGAUCGUGUGCCAGAGGUAAUCACGGAUGAUCUUCUACAAGGAUUAGAUGAGCAAUCUGUUCUUAGUUGUAAUGCCGUGCGUGUAGCGCACAACAUUAUGGAUCUCGUCCCCAACAAAGCUGUCUUUCGUCAGACUCUGCGAUUCGUCAAAGCUUGGGGAAAGUCUCGACUUAUUUACAGCAACACCUUUGGCUUUCCUUCAGGCAUCGGUUGGGCUAUAUUAACGGCCUUUGUUUGUCAAUGCUACCCAAAACAGAAUGCCGCAGGCAUGGUAUCACGCUUCUUUCGUGCGUACCACACGUGGUUUAAACCAAACCCACACGAAAUUGGUACCGGGAAUCGUGCCAUUUACCUCACAGCAUCGAUGCGUGGCAAAACACACCUCGGUCGCUGUUGGGAUCCUCGAGAGUCAAACUCGGAUGCCAUGGCCCUGUUUCCUGUUCUUACCCCUGCUUUACCCUAUGGCAAUGCCUGUUAUAACGUUACUCUGACAAACUUGCGGCAGUUAUGCGCGGAAUUCAAGCGAGGAUAUGAGAUUGUAAGUAGUAGCCUGAGCAUGAGUCCCGGUGAGGCGAAGAGCACCUUUGGUACAUAUGGUGUGUGGUCAAAACUGCUUGAACCCGCCAAGUUUUUCGGUCAGUACAAACACUAUUUGCACGUCCAGGUUUCAUGUAGCAAUGCAGAACUUUACCAGGCCUAUGUAGAUGGUGUGGAGUCGAGGAUGCGUAUUCUUUGGGCCGGUAACGCAAGCUCACGCGGUCAUACCCUUGAAGACUACAAGCAGCUCCGACUGUACCUCAAUCCUCGUCGAUACGAAGACCCAGAGUUAGUUUUGUUACGACAACGACUUUGUAAAAAGAUGUCCAGCAGUACUACACGGAACACCACACCUAGCACUGCGGCAGCACAGCGCCCCAGCUCCGGAUCCACAGGUGGAAAAGAAUCACAGGACAGCACCGGCAACCAUCUCUCAACGCUUUUCACAGCGCACUAUUUCAUAGGCAUGACGGUCGAGACGUCUGUGGUGAGCACGAAAAUCGACUUGGCGCCUUCUAUUCUUACAUUCCAUACGGUAGUGAAGCAGCUGAAACAAUACUCCGAGGGCGUCACACGGCUUCCAGUGAUUAAGGCGAUCGAUUUCCCUCACAUUCCGGAGUUCGUGCGACGAGACGAAGGGCUCUUGGAGCAGCAGACACCAGAGGACGCGGCGGCAGGGGGAGCGCCUGUUACUACAGGCUCCAACGGCCCUUCACUGGGCGGUCUGGCGGCCGAGCGUCGCAGCGAGCCCCCUGCUCUGCCGCAGGGGGAACCAUCUCCGGUGAAGCCACUGAAUGGAUCAGGCACUGGGGGCGGAGAUCACCCAACGGCUGACCGAGAAGGGGGACUAUUGGGCGGCGAGACCCCUACGACAGAGGCUGGGCCGCCCCUGCCACUGAGCCGAGCACCAACCCUUCCCAGCAUUGGUAACGUGCCGCGAAAGCGGCUUCGUGGGGCGGAUGAUGGUAAUGAUGACCUGGAACAGGCCCUGGGGCUAGAUUUUUAG